CGUUGCCUGCGCGCUCGUUUGGUCGGUUGGCUGGAUUUGGUGGGCGAUGGGGGGUGGGGGUGUGACAUCCGUUCGACGUCAGGCGGGUGCAGCAGCGCGGUUUUCUCAUCUGCCCUCAUCCGAUCCGGUGGCUGGGUGGUGUUGAGACAAACAGGGAGAGGGAGAGACGUGCGGUUAGUGCCGUUUUCUGCCGUCGACAUCCGCGACGUCUGCUCCACCCUCCUUCGCCGCUUGGCGCCUCAGCACCGACAGACUCGGGCCCUUGUCCGCCUCGACGGUGGCGGUGGCCUCUCCGGCUUGGUGCAAGUCACUGCGACGCCUCGGAUUGGUCACCCAACUGGUGUGUGUGUGUGUGUGUCCCCGGAAGAGACGGACUGUGCAAUGAAAUGUGUCUGCUGCCGUUCGAAACGCGUCGGCCCUCGAGCUUGUGUCAUGCGCCUCGAGGUGGGUGUCAUCGUGUCGUCUUCAUCGCCUAUUCCCCUCCAAAGGCCGGCGCUCGCCCACUCAGCUCGGCGUCCCUUUGCCACGCCACUUUCCGGUCGUGGCCGCAGUCACCUCGUCGGCCCAGCCCGGCUCGUUGGCAAAGCGGCCGGUGCGGGACAUUGUCCUCCUUCAAUCGGCCCUGCCUUGGUCAUGUCUGCAUGUGUCUGUCUGUCUCUGUGUGUCUGUGUGUGUCAGUCGGUCGGGCUCUUUUGUCGUCACACCUCGGCACACAAUUCAUCCACCUCUCGGCCUCGACUGCUUCAGGCCGGGUCCGAGCGGCUCCAACCACCAACCGACAGUCGUCGGUCGCAGUGCGCCGGCCGCGCGACACGCAGUGACCGACGCAGUGGCGUAGACAAUUGCAAGGCUUGCCAGACGGAGGCAUGGCGACAGGCGGUGGCAACAGCAGCGCGGCUUGACGCGUCGGCUGACAGACGAGGCUGGACCGGCCUCGUGCGGCACAAGCGAGCAGGGCUUUAG